GCGUGGCCAGCAUCCCGGACGGCACGGUCGGCCGGCCCGUCCAGUUCGAGAUUGAUGGUUCCAGAGCCGGCGCCGGUAACCUGGAGAUCCUGGUGAACGGCGGUCACGUGACGUCCUACGUCAAGGACCUGGGCCAGCAGCGCUUCAUGGCUUCGUUCGUGCCCCACCACGCCAUGAAGCACAUGAUCGAGAUGAAGUUCAACGACGAGGACGUGCCAGGCUCGCCUUGGGAGGUGGAGGUGGCCGCCAUGGACGCUGCCGGCGGUCUGCAGGUGCUGGGCGAGCACCUCAAACACUUUCCGGCGUCCAAGCCGGCCUCCAUUGACAUCUCGGCGCCGGGCAGGAGCAAGGCGGACCUCUCUGUCGACGUUGUCGGCCCGUCCAAACGGACGGUACCGUUCACACUGACAGAGACGUCCAGUGGGAUCUUCAAGUGUCAAUUCUCCGCCUCCGAGGUGGGGAGUCACGUGAUCAACGUCAAUGUCGACGGACAGCCGAUUCCGGGCAGCCCGUUCGUAUCUAAAGCAUACAACGCCGGCCUGAUCCGCGUGUCGGACGUUCCCACGGGAGUGGUGGGCCAGACCUGCCAGUUCAGAGUGGACGCGAGCCAAGCCGGCGAGGGCCAGCUGGAGAUCUCCAUCAACGACGGCGAGGUGCCGAACCACGUGCAGGUGUUGGGUGGCGGCCGCUGCCUGGUCACCUUCACGCCCGAGAUGCCCAAGACGCACACGAUCGACAUCAAGUUCAACGGCGAGCCGGUGCCCGGCUGCCCGUUCGUGUGCCGCGUGCAGGGCAGCUCGCGCGUGACGGUCAACCUGCGGCACCUGGAGCUGCUGCCCGUGCAGCAGCCGGCCAGCUUCCUCAUCCACAUCGACGGCGGAGGCAACGCCGAGCUGGCCGUGUCGGUGCGCGGCCCGGCCCACUCGACCCUGCCGGUCAAGGUCACCGGCAACGUGCGCAGCGGCUUCACGGCCGAGUUCACGCCGCUGGAGGUGGGCGCGCACACGGUGCUGGUCGAGUACAACGGCGCGCCCGUCAGCGGCACGCCCUUCACCUGCAAGGUGUACGACACGGGCCGUGUCACCGUCACCAGCAUGCCGAAGGGCGCCAUCGGCAAGAGCCUGCAGUUCACAGUGGACGCCAGCGAGGCCGGGGAGGGCAACCUGGAGAUAUCGAUCAGCGCCGGGGGACGCAACAUCCCCACCCAGGUGCACCCGCAGGGCUCGGCCCGCUUCGGGGUCAGCUUCGUGCCCCUGGAGCCGGUCGACCACACCAUCAACAUCUCCUUCAACAAGGAGCCCAUCCCCGGCUCGCCGUUCAUGGCGCACGUACAGUCCGAUCCGAACCACAUCGUGGUGAAAGGCGCGUCUCUCGCCUCGACUGCCGUGGGCAAGUCGUCGUAUUUCACGCUGAGCAAUGUCUCUGGAAACGUCGAAGAGGUCGAGGUCAACGUCGAUGGUCGUUAUAGUUCCCCUAAAGUUCACUAACACUCGCUUACUAACGCUUACUGGAUGCAUGUGAAUGUAGUUUAGUGCAUGGACGAUUGGAGACUGACAAUGUUUUUUAUCAUAUGUUCAUUUAUAAGACAUACAUGGCUUAAAGUGGUGUGUGCUUCCUCACUGGGCCUUUCUUUAAAUCGACAAAUUCCUGAUGAGAUACAAUGACUUUUCUUUCGGCUGCCAUCGCUAGCCAGCUGCUUCCGGCUUGUUUCAUGGGCCCACGAAACCUCGUUUCACUUGCUUUCAUUUUGCCGCUCACUUUCCGACGACCUCUGACCCGCGUGUGCAUGAGAGGUCGAAGGUCAGGGGCCUUCCGUUUGUCCGCUUUUGUUUCAUUGCCGUAAUUACGUUUGACUGCGUGCGCUGCGGUCGCGAAGAACGGAACAUUAAU